GUUUAUUACGAUAUCUUGAUAAAAAAAAAUCGUGAGCACAGCUAUAACGUUGAGUCGAUGCGAUUGUGCGUGUGUGUUGCAUUCCAUGAAUGCAAUCGGUUCACGUAGUACGGAACAUUCGUAAAAUUCGGUUUUGUGCGCGCGGUAUUUAUGGUGUGUGUCUGUGCAAAAAAGCUGGAACGUGUGUAUAUGUUCCAGGGAAAGAGGUAUAUAUAUACUUAUACAUAUAUGUGAACACUAUACUAUCCUAGACCAAGGUAGAAAAUAGUAUUUUGGUGUAUGUUGGUUGUGCGCUCUAUCUCUCUUUCGCUCGCUCACUCGCUCAUUCGCUAUCAGUUUGGCUUUGUGUGUGCCAUUGAUUCGAGCGUUUAGUUCGUGUUUGGACACGAUUUUACAAAUACUCGGCACCAACAUACAACCGAAUCGAAAACGAAGAAGAAGCGGGCAACGAGAAAGCUACAUCAUCCAUCGGGUAGCCCGAUAUAUUGGUGUGUACGCGCGUAUAACCGAACAAAAAAAAAUGUUGAAUUAAACGAAAAUAUCCAUUGAAAAUACUGCUGAAAACGCAAUCGAAUACGGGAGUGCGGCGCGUGCCAGAGCGAGAGAAGAAGACAUAGCGAUAGAAAAAAGACCGCAGAAACAAAGACUACGACAACUAAAAAAGCAUUCACGUAGAGUGGUUGAAUACAGAGCAUAGCAAUAAUAGUACGAACAAAACGAAGAAGAAAAACAUACAACACACAAAGAGAGAAAAAGAAGAAGAAGAAGAAGAAGAAGAAGAAGAACGAACGAACGAACGAACGAGCCGAACCAAAGUCAAAACGAUAAAAUAGCGCUGAAAACGGAAAAAUCAGACACACAUACACAAUCGGUUGUUGCGGGCCACAGAGAGAGAGUGCGACCGAAGAAGAAAGAUACAAGAGAAGAGCAGCAGCAAAACACAAAAAAAAAUUAAACGAAAUAUUAAAAAACGACAUGCUGAAAACCAGUUAAACGUGAAUCUAGUUUAUAUGAAUAUAAUUAGUUUAGAAGAGAAAUAAAAAAAAAACACAACAAAUCAACAACAACACAACCAAAUUCUGUGUGUCUUGUGUGCAUCUUAUUUAUUUAUUUGAUUUUCUUUCGCUCAGUUAUAUUUGAUUUGUUUUUUUUUGCGUGUAUUUUUUUGGUUGUCGUCGUUUUUUUUUAAUUAAUUCCAUUAAUACGCGCAGCAUUAAAUAAUUUGAAAAAAUCGUAUAAUUUUUCUUUCUUCGUUCGAAGUGUUUCGGUUUCGAUUGGUGUCGGGUCCAGUUCUAUGUGUGAUUUUGUUGUUUUGUGUGUAAUCACAUCAACAAUCCAUUUUUUUUUUUCAUUCUUCUGUUUCAUUGUGUAUUUUCUUCGUGUAUGCGUUAUUAUUUUUUUCAUUUCUCGUGUGCAAUUUUUCGGUGUGUUAUUAUUUCGGUGUGCUUUGUGGCAUUCCCUUGGCACUUUGGCUGAUCACAUCUCGCGUAGUUUUUUUUUUUCGUAUUCUAUCACAUAAAAUACGUGUUGUGCGAUUUUUUUUUGCGCUCGCUCGUCCAUUCGUCAGUUUUCUUAAUUUGAUCAUCAUCAUCAUUACGGUCGUCAUCGUGCGCGAAUGGUGCGAUGUCAACGACAACAUGUAAUGUGCGUGGCAAACAAUCAGAUGGAUUGAUACAAAAAGUUGGACCAAUGAAAGCCACCAUUCCAAUGUCGUUGCUGCGGCCGCUGAACAGUGCCGGCGGCCUCACAGCAACCAAUUCAAAUCGGCUUUUUUGUUCAAUGUCACCGCCGAUGCGCCUCAUUUCACCCGAUCACAACAGUUCGGGACAUCGCAGCCCCGGUGCCAAUAAUUAUUACAAAGGCAAGACCCAUUUGUUAGACAGCGCCACUUUAUCAUCAUGCAUACGACGUACUUUGUCAUUGGAUGCGCUUGUUCCAGCCAAAUCAACCGAUGUCGCUAAUAAAACGCACCGAGUAGCCGCUUAUACAAUUUUGCAGUUAGACAAGGCGACGCAAACGGAUGAAUCAUGCAUUUUCGGCAUCGACACAUCUAUGGACGCAUUGAAUGAUUCGGCAUGGAAUAAAUCGGAAAAAGUCUUGAGACAACGACUGCAACGGGUCCAACAACGAACCGGAGAACACUCUGUUAGUUCACAAACAUUAAGCCCAAUUCAGACAAGUCCAGUAUCGAUACCACCGAGAUCAUGUGCGACCCAUCGUCCAAUGCGCAGUUCUGUAGAAGGCUUGAAUCAAGAGAUUGAGAAACUUGUUUUAGUACCUGGUCAACCGCACUCAUGUCGACCAGAAUCUAGCCAUUUUACUCGAGGAAUACCGGAAGGUCAUCGGGCGCCAUUAGCUGAUAUUUUGCACAGUGAUACUCGAUCGGUUAAUACUCAAACGCCAAACAGGGAUUUAUUAUCAUCGGAUGAGAGCCAGAGCACAUCACCAGAUGAAAAUGUUUCAUCGGAGGCUUCACCACGUAUAAAUCGAUUUUUAGCCCGUCUACCACCAGAUGGAUGUGAGAAGGUGUGUUUGAAGUCAAGUGAUACGGAUCAUUUGUCACCAUCGUCAGCCAUAUUCAAGCCGCCCGUUGGUUUCAAAUUGAGACCAUCGUUGGGUUCGGCAUUUCAGCCGUUACAACCCAUAUUUGCCGGUGCUGUUUCGUCCGCCAUUGAUGACAAUGUUGUUGCCGAUAAAUCAAGUACAACUCCAAAUUAAGUGUUAGUCAGCGCCAUCAUCCAGCGGCCAUUUGACGCCGGCCGGAAAAUCAAUGGUCAAAAUGAAUAUAAUAACAACAAACAAAAACAAAUGUGUAAAAUUCAAACAAGUUCAUUUCCAAAAUGUGUAGUUUUAGAAAAAGAUCCAUGGAGUGCAACAAAUGCAAUUUUUUGUUGAACGAAAGCAAACAUUUUCAUAUAAAACUGAAACGCCAUUAUAUUAUUAUUUUAAACUGUUCUUUGUUUUAAAGAAGUGUGCACCUGAGAGAGACAGAGAGAGAGAGAGAGUUGAGAUUAAUGAGAUAGAGUCGAUAGCGAGAAAGGUCUCGAUUAGAAUGAGCAUAGCGCAAUGAACAAUUCAUUGAGAAGUCAUGUAAAAGUCUGAUGGCAAUUUAUGCGCCAAGCUUUUUUUCUUUCGUUUUUAAAUAGAGAAGAAAAGGAGCAAGGAAUUCAAACAAAUUCAAUUUUUCCCUAACAAAGUGAAUUGAUGAGAAGAUGAAAAAAAACAGGAAUGACAAAAACUCUAUUUUGUAUCUUACACAUUUUUGUCGGACACAAUGAAACCGUUACAUUAAUUCUAUUCAAAUAAGAUGCUUGAUAUUUAAAACACACACACACACACACACACAAACAAAAUCAGUUCAAAGAAAGAAGAAGAAGAAAAAUGCAUAUUUUAAGAGACAAAUAAAAAAAAUAAAAAAAAAAGAUCAAUUAAACUACCACAUUCGACACACUUUUUACGUAGCAAUUUAUGAAAAUUCAUAAUCAUUCUCUAAAUUUGUUUCAAAUGAGGUUUUUUAAAAUGAAAUGGAGAGGGUCGGGUGCUCUCUCAUAUUAUUAUUUAGAGACUAGUGUAUUUACACUGUCCAUGUCAAAUGCAAUGGGACCGCAAUGAAAUACCCUUUUCCGUUCCAUUCAUUUUAUUUUUUCGUUGUUGUUUCUCAGUAGUCAAAUUAGUCUCUGAUAUUUAAAACAAAAAACUAUUUUGUAGAACAAAGAAAACAACAUCAUUUCAAAACUUAGACAAUAUGACCUGAAACAGCCAGAGUUUAAGCAUUUGUAUAAAUGGUAUUUUUGUAAAGGCACACGAAAAGAGUAUUAUAAAAUGCAAUCAAAAUUCCGAGAAAACUUCAUAUGAUUUUCCGAAUAUUUUGUUUUUUCGAAAAAGAAAUAUUUUAAAUAGUAUUACCCAAGCGUUUGUUCAGUCGUCAAAGAUGAUCAGUUCCAAUUUUCGUUCCAUAAUAUUAUAUUUCGUUCUCGUAUACCGUAAUUGUGUGUCUUCUGUUUGCCAAAUUUCACGAUGUAAUCGUAAACUGCUCGACGAUGUAAUGUUUCAUUUAAAAAGAAUCCUCUUUAGUUGAGGCGAACGAAUUUCAGUCAUUUUGAUCGAAUUCUAUUGCCCAUCGAGUGGGCAUUCGUCGCGUCGAAAAUGGGCAUUAUUAUACAGGUGUUCAAAAUAUCUAUUUAUUUGUUUUUCUUCAUUCGGAUUUACUAAGAAUCAAGACAAACCGGUCGAACCAUCUGAAAAUCAAAGUGUGACCGUUUUCGCGAUCGGACAACAUUGGUUGCACAUAUUUUUAGUGAAAAUAGCAACAGCAAAAUAGCAUUUUGAGCCGUGUACAGUGAUAUAAGUAAGGAUCUAUUGAGAAAAAAAAAUUAUUAAAGGGACAUCAAAGUGAAACGUUGAUGCCAAAACGUUGGAAAAUAUUUCGGCUUUAAACAAAGAAACAAGAAAAUCCCACAAAAGAAAUUAAAAAUAUACACACAAAAAGCAUGGAAAGAAACAAGUCACAGAAAAAAAAAAAAAAACACAUGAAUUUAAAAAAAAUGAAAAAAAAAUGGAUAUUCAAAUACGAAUACGGUGAAGAAUAAAAAAACAACUAAUCAAGAAUAUGAAAAAAAAGAACAAGAAAAAAAUAUAUUUUUAUUUUUUUAUGAAUGAAAUAUUUUUAAGCUAAGCAAAUUAAAUAAGUAGGAGUGGGCAUUGGUCGGGAUCAAUGUAUCGGAUCGAAAGCGAAUGGAUGGAGACUUAACUGUUCUCUUUUUUUACAUAGCCAGAAAUGAAAAAUGAGGUACGAUAAUCGAAUAGUCAGUCGCGUAUGGGUUAUCCAAAAAAUAUUGAAAAUAAAAAACGAUCUUAAAGUGAGGAUCGUUUUUCCGAGGGAAACCAAAAUUUUAUUUCUCAACAAUACGAAUAUGGAAAAAUUGCCGUGAAAUUGUGUCGCAGUGUCAAACCGACAGAAAUAAAAAUUGAUGAAACCAAUAUUUUUACUAGCAAAAGAGAGAAUUCGGAAAAAUUCGAUGAUAUUUAUUUUGAAAAUUGCAUGUGAACCAAAAAAGCAUCAACCGGCGAUGAAUUGAAUUUUUCUUUUUCGGAAUGAUUGGAAUGGCGUUAAACGAAUGAAUCGCAGAAGAAAUUCAGAUGAACAAAAAGGAAAUAUUUCGCAAGAAAAUCGGAUGAUAAGGAAAAAAACCUUCGCAAGAAUGAAAGAAUACGCGAGAAAAAAAGAACAAAAAAAAAAUUGUGAAAAUUCGGCUGUUAAAAAAAAAUCUUUACAAAUUUUAUAAAAAUGACAUGAAGAGUAA